CCGAGCUAAAAAUGCGGGACAUCCAUUGCAAGGGUUGAGCUCUUCGGAGAAGCACGGGCCACUUCAAAUUCAACUCACCGCGCUCUUGCAGAUUGAAGGUGGAACCCCCUGCAGAUUUGUUGCCUUGGUGAUCUCCUUCAACCCUUGAGCUCACCGCAUCUGAAGCUUUGCCUGCCAACACGCUCUUGCUCACGCGUCGUGACCUCUCCUCCCUUCCGUCCCCCCCAAUUCCUUUUCUCCCCCCCCGUCCGCCAUCCGUGAGAGUUUCUACGCCAUGCCCACCGUAAGGACUGUUGUUAGAUUUCGACCGCUUCUUGAAAAAGAACUCGACAAGGAUGUCAUCGUCCGCGCCGACCGCGUCGAAGCUGGGAAACCAUUGACCCUCGUCAAGAUCCCCAGUCCCAAGAACGGAGCUGAAGAGUUCUCGUUCGCCUUCAACAGCGUCUAUGAGCAGGCUACUUCACAGGAGGAGCUGUUUACAGCUGAAGUGGCUCCACACAUGAAGGCAUUGUUCCAAGGCUUGGAUGUGACAAUCUUUGCCUAUGGCGUGACGGGUACCGGCAAGACGCACACCAUGCGCGGUGGCCUACGCCUCGCCGAACGCGGCGUAAUUCCCAGGCUGCUGAGCAACGUCUUCCGGAGGGGGAAGAAGAUCACCAAAGACACCGACGGGGCAACGAUGGUGGAUGUCGCUCUUUCGUACUACGAGAUCUACAACGACAAGGUGUACGAUCUCCUUGAACCGCCCGAGAAGCGAACACCCGCCGGCCUACCACUCCGAGAGAAGGACGGAAAGACCAUGGUCGUCGGCCUGUCGGAACGCUCGUGCGAGGAUCUCAAGGAUUUCGAGAGGCUGUACAUCGAGGCAAACAACAACCGCGUCACGGCGGCUACGAAACUAAACGCCCACAGCAGUCGAAGCCACGCCAUCUUGCGGGUCAAGGUGACCCAAACGACCGGGGACAUGGUCAAGGAAAGCACAGCGUCAGCCAUUGAUUUGGCCGGCUCGGAAGACAACCGGCGAACCGACAAUGGAAAGGAGCGACUGGUCGAGUCUGCGGCCAUCAACAAGAGCCUCUUCGUGCUGAGCCAGUGCAUCGAUGCGAUCUCGCGCGGCGACAAGCGGAUCCCGUACCGCGAGUCCAAGAUGACGCGGAUUUUGUCCUUGGGGCAAAACAAUGGGAUUACCGUCAUGAUCCUCAACCUCGCCCCGAUCCGCAGCUACCACCUCGACACGCUCAGCAGCCUGAACGUGAGCUCGCGGGCGAAGCGCAUCGAGGUGCGCGAGAUUGAGAACGAAAUCGUGUACAAGCAAGCCCCGCGCACCAACUCCGGGCUUGGAGGUAUCAGCAUGUUGCGUCAGCCACUCCGGCCGCUAAACAACGCCCACAACGUCCACACUGGCACGUUGGCAGCCAAGGCGGCAGAGAAGGCCGAAAAGGCUGACAAGCCCGUCAAGGCGUUCGCCGUCUACACGGACAAGAAGCCCUCGGUGGCUACCCGAACCAUCAUCGCCCCGUCAGCCAACACCUCCGUACCACGACAGCCCCUCCAACCGAAGCGACCGUCCGAAACGACAUCGGACACCCUCCCGCGGCCCUCGAAGCUCGCCCGACCGACAGGGCAAUCCCUCCUACGCCAGCCGCAGCCGGUACAAAUCCCGCAAUCUCCCCCCAAACAAAUCUCCAUCACCCCCGACCAAAUCGAAGCCAUGGUCGAGAAGAAGGUCGCCGAAAUCCUCGCAUCGCGCGCCGCCGCCGAAGCCGCCGAAGCCGCCUCCGCCCCACCCCCGGCUCCGGUAGCCGAACCAACCCUCACCACACCCACCACGCCCACCUCUGCCACCGCUUCCGGAACCCAAAACGAAAUAAGCGAGGAAGUCAAGCGCCGCCUGGAAGCCCUCGAGCGACGCAUCGACAGCGAGUCGCGCGCCGACGACGGCCGGUCGGAAGGACUGCGCUUGCUACUGCAGGCGCGCCAGGCGAAGGAGCAGGGCGACGACGAGGGCGCGCUGGCGCUGUAUGAGCGGGCGCUGCCGUUUUUUCCGGGGCAGGCGAAGCUGUUGGGGAAGAUUGAGCGGUUGAGGGUUAAGCUUGGGGUGGUCGUGGGUGAUAAUGGGGAGGGGGGAAGGGUGGUGGUGGAGGGGAAGGGGAAGAGGGAGAGGAAGGGGAGGGUGAGUGGGGAUGAGGAUGGGGAGUAUCAGGAUGGGACCGAGGCGGAUAUUGAUGAGGAGGAGGAUGUGGCCGGGAGGAGCCCGGUGAGGGGGAAGGGGCAGAAAAAGAAGGUUGUGAGAGUUGGGGGUUUGGAGGAGGAGGAUGAGACUGCCUCGCCACGCGUGAAACAGUUGCUUCAGAUUGUCAACUCGAAGGAUUUGGUCUUGAUCAAGGGGUUGCAUGGGUUUGGCGCGAAGAAGGCGCAGGAUCUGGUCGACUGCUUGACGCUCCGGGGUGACGAGGAGUCGGGCCGCGUUGAGUCGCUCGCCCAGUUGCGGACAUUGCCUGGCAUGGGCGGCCGCGCUGUUGAGAGGGCCUUUGAGGGAUUGGCUAUUGCUGCGGUGUAAUCGUUGCUCGGCAUUUUCCGGCGAGGUUUGUUUUCCAUGCUUGUGGGUUUAUUUGCAUACCGGUCUGUCGGUGCAUUUUGCCUCGGGGUUCGUCCCUACAUCGGUUGGUCAGCGUCUUCCGCUCGGUUCAUCAACCGGCGUUGCAUGGCAAGGAGUUUUGGGCAUUGGCGUUCUGGCUGAGCAUUUGCUCGGUUCUUUGUUUAAUACAGGGUGCAUUUUUCGUUUCUUGGUUGGGGCAAAGGAGUCAAGUUUUGCGUGUUGAAGUCGGGCAUCUGCAUAGCAGCACAGUUAAUAGACUGAUGUUACCCGUUAUGCUCCCUUCUUGAAUCAUCGGAAAGUCAGAUCUCCAUCCUCGGGCGGCAUCAA